CAAGCGACAAGCACAAACACAAAGGAUUACCAUCUAACAGACCGCAGUGUAAUUUAUUACAACUCGGAUGUCAAUAUAAUUUCUGGACACUCGACAUCUGUCCCAUCGAUUAAUAAUUUUACGAUCUCCAUAUAGUUUUGUCUAUAUUGCAGCACAUUUCAUUCAUAUAAUACGAGAUCACGUGGUUCGGUUCGCCAACAAAAACAGUGUCAACUGCGAGGCGGCCUGAUUACAUGUUUAAAUCUUUUAAGAAACAGUCGAUAUGAAGUUUGAUGAUAUUCUUAAAGAUGUCGGAGAAUUCGGGAAAUAUCAGAAAGUGGUUUAUUUCCUUCUGUGCCUUCCAUCGUUUGCUACUGGACUUUUCAUGAUGCAUUUGGUGUUUGUAAUGGAAACCCCGAAUUACAGAUGCAAAAUUGCAGACUACCCGGAUGACACAUUUGGUGUUAAGGAUCCCGGGCAUCAACGCUUGGUUGAAAUGACAAUCCCUCGAGAUUCAAUGGGCGAUUAUGAAAAAUGCAGUUUUUAUUCCUACCAGACAAAUAGAACAAUUCUUAUGUUCAACAGCUCAGAUCUUCAAGAAAAUUUCACUAUCGGUGUCAACGCAACCCUUCAGAAGUGCUCCGAAUGGGUUUACGAAAAGUCGGUGUUUAAAGAAACUUACACCUCCAAGCACAACCUUGUUUGCGAUGACGCCAUAUUGGUAUCACAUUCCCGGAUGAUUUUCUACCUCGGGGUGCUCGUCGGUGACAUUGUGUUUGGGUGGUCAUCGGAUAGAGUCGGGAGGAAGAUAACAGUCUGUGUUGGACUUCUGCUGCUUAUUGUUGCCGCGUUUGCUGUCAGUUGGGCCCCAGAAAUAAUCAGUUUUACCAUCCUAGAAUUCAUUAUAGGAGGCACAAACCACGGCUCCUUUCUCUGCACGAAUGUUCUUGGUCAGGAAUUGGUUGGCCCGUCCAAGAGGAAGUACACGGGUACAAUUCAGCACAUGUUCUUUUCCAUUGGCUUGGUAUAUCAAACUAUAGUCUAUUACUUCUCACGUGACUGGCAGGUCUCGUGCAUAGUUCUGGCAGCAUCUUGUAUCAUUUUCAUCCCAUACUGGUGGUUGAUCCCCGAAUCUCCAAGAUGGCUGAUCAGCCAAGGACGCAACGAAGAGGCCAAUGCCAUACUCCAGAAGAUGGCCAAAGUGAAUGGAACUAAAAUAUCGCCGGAUGUCGUGGCGAAUCUCACUAUCAAGAAAGAGAAGACGGGUAGCUUUAAGGACCUCCUUAAAAGCAAGACAAUGUGCCUUAGAGCGGUCAUUCUGUGUUUCAACUGGAUGGCAGUUUGUCUGAUGUAUUAUGGGGUUACCUUUAACGCUGGAAACAUUGGCGACUUUUACCUGAACUUUUUCUUGAUGGGCAUUGUGGAAUUUCCAGGAAUUCUUUCCACUAUUCUUUUAAUUGAUCGGAUAGGUAGAAAGAAGAUGCAUCUAAUGUGCAUGAUGUUAGGGGGCAUAGCGUGCCUUUGUACCAUAUUCACCGUCACCUUCGCCAGAGAGACAUUGAGACCACUGACCAUCGCUCUGGCAGUGAUUGGCAAAAUGGCUUCCUCCGCCGCCUUUGUGUGCGUCUAUAUAUUCACGGUGGAACUCUUCCCCACUGUCAUCAGGAACGUGGCCCUAGGUGGAGGGUCCUGUUUUGCAAGAAUAGGGAGCAUGAUCGCGCCCUAUUUUGUAAUGCUGGGUAUGUCGAUCGGAGGAGCUAUCGGGGAAGCCUUGCCUCUGGUCAUUUUUGGUGCAACCUCCGUUAUUGCCGGUCUUAUGUGCCUUUAUUUACCGGAAACGCUGAACCAGAGGCUUCCGGAAACCAUUGAGGAUGGAAUCAACUUUGGAAGAGUUAAAAAGACAAUGGUCGUUGAAAGAAACGGAGUUGACGAGACACAGAAAAACCUGGUCGGUGACACAAUAGACAACGACGAACUCUAGGAUCCUGUCGACGAUGUUACCAAAGAUUAAAUGUCCACAUGCCUGUGUUCAGUCUGCUUCUGAAAAAUGUCGUCUAUUGGAAACGUAAGCUGUACAUGUAUAUAUUGAUUUGCAAAAUGUAUACAUCACUUACGGCUUUGCAACAAUUUUUUACAAAGCGCGUACAUGUAUAUAGAUACUCUAUGCUAUCUCUAUACACUAUAUGAGGUUUCAAUCUAUUUGUACUUUAUGAUUUAUAAUUUGAUAUGAAUUUUUAAAAUGGGAGUUUUAUCCGUCAUUUUUGCUGCAGACGAAAACAUAAUGUGUGGGUUUUUUUACACAUUGCGUUGCGACAAUGUGUCUUCUUUGCAAAUGCAAGUUGUAUGAUUAAUUGUUAUAUACCGUAUACAACUAUUUUUUAUUAGAAUUAAUGUGCAUAUUGUACAUACAAUUAUUUGUAUUUUAUGAUUUGUAUUAAUUUUGUGAUUUAUAAAACCUAAUACAGAAGA